AUGGACUUGCGUCGAAAAUACAUUCCAAAUCGCUACAUUUUUCCGCAACUGCUCAACAUCGGAAGCCAUGGAGUGAUCUGUACAGUAAGCGAGUCAAACCACCCAAAUCAAAUGUUUGUGGCGAAAGCGCAUAGGAAGUUUCAAACGAUUCGCCAAGAAAUAAUGAACUAUCGAUACGUGCAAAGCCUAUCAGGAUUCGCCCGUUGUUACGACGCGUUCACAAUGCCGCUUUCAGAUAACGCGAAUCUGACAAGAAGUCGCUUCUGCCACAUCAUGAUUACCGAACAUGUCGGAGAGUGCUUGCAGGACAUUUUGAAACGCAGUGGAGUUAUCAAUCAGAAAAAUGUGAUCACUCUGGGCUACAAACUUUUUUAUAUUGUGGAAUCAUUGCACGCUGCUCGAUUAGUUCACAGAAAUAUUAGUUUGAAAAACGUGAUGCUACAAAGGAUGUCCAAUGUGGAAGUGCGCAUGUUGCUGAUUGGACUAGAUGAUGCUCUUCCACUUGACCCAUCGCCAGUGGACAAUUUCGACGUGGUGUCUCAAGAUUCUAGUCCGUUCGUUGACGACGGAAACCCGUACCAGAAAUUCGAUGACUUUAUUUCUGGAAUUUAUCUGAUUCUUCGCUUGUCUGGAAUCGAUAUCUUUGAGAAUACUGGUGGCGAUUUUCGGAGAAUCGCCAAUCAGAAACAACGCUUCCACCAAAACCCCCACGGCUUUCUCAACAAUGAGAACGCUUGGAUCGGACAUUUGUACAAUGAAAUUCAAGCACAACGCGUGAAUGGCUACAAUCACUAUCAUAUUUUCCAAAAUUUCCAGCAAGCCAUUCCAAACUUUGUUCCAGUCUACAAUGAGACUAUUUUCCUUAGUUAG